AUAUAAGUAUAAGUUUAAUCAGGAAAUAAAGUUUCAUGUUGUUUUAUAAAUGUAUAAUCAUGGGAAUCAAACUUGAAAGUCACAUAUCCGCAAACCUUCAUUUAAAUUCAUAAAUUGGAUAAAAUUUUAAACUACAAAGUUGCGAUCCAUGCUGUCAGUCCCAACUAAGAAUUUUUAUGCCAACUAAUAAAUAGAUAUUUUUCUUCUUGCUUUCUGCCUUUUUUAAAAGCUUAUUUGGUUGGGUUUGCAUGCCUAUAUCAUGUAAACGUUUAACUGUAUUGCUAUAGCUUAAUUGUUACCUUACCAAAAUGUUUAUAACGCUCUCUUAAAUUCUAUGUUUCAGAUGACCAUCCUCCUUUCUAGUGGAAUUAGUUUUAACAGUAGCAACAUCUUGAAGCCACCUAACUUCUUGAAUUAGCUAUAAUCUCAUGAUUAUUUAAAUGUAUUGUUCUCAAAUGAAGACUAGCAAAUCAUGGGCUGCAUUAAGAUGAUCAAAAAAGAAGAUACAUUUCUGAAGAUGCAAAUCAAUAACUCAUUUGGACUGUGUUUGUAACAUUUUACAAAAUUUGCAUUGCGUGUAUGUGUUUAUAUCUAUGUGUGUGAAGUACACUUAAAGGAAUAGAACCCGCCAGAACUAUAAUUAGCCUUUUGAUGAGUUCCUAGUUUGCUGCUUGUCAGUCUGUUGCUAAGAACACUCAUUCAGCAAUCAUGCCACCACAAGGAGGCCGUGAUGGAGCCAAUGUCCUCCUUAAUGAGGACCUGGCUUUUGACCUUGAUAGACUGUUUGAUGAACACAACAUGGACCACAUUCCAGUUGAACAUCGUCUUGACACAUUUAAAAAACGUAAUCUACCUUUUGUCAAGCAUUACAAAGCAGCUGUCAAAAUUUUUGGAGGACCACUCAGUCGUAAACGAAUCAUCAUAGCACCACCAAUGGAAACACCACUUAAACACAAGCUGGGAGUAUAUGUGAACAAAAUGGAAUUUCCCCCUGCUCCUGUACUGAACUCUGUCAUGCAGCAUCCCAAUACUUCAUGUAUAGUGCAAUUUGAACAGAAGGCUCAACUCGAGGUAAAUACAGAAGAAGAGGCCAUGUAUAAGAAAUGGUUUAAGGAGCGAAAAGCCCUCCAAGAAAAUCUUAAUAGCCUUGGGCUUAGUGAGCAACUUUUGAGGCGAAAAACUGACAAAACAGAGUUAGAACUUCGUGUAGAAGCUCGUAUGAAGGCAGCUCGAACCCGCAAGCCAGAGAUACCACCACCCAAGGAGCCUGAACCAAAACCAAGAGGGCCACCUGUGAUACCAAAUGUCAGGGCACCAAUGCCUCUCUCUCUACAAAUUCUGGACCGAUUUUUGGUGGACAAUAAACUUCGAUUGAUUGAUCUUUUUGCACAUGCUGACCGCAACAAAGACUGGCGCCUGACAAAACACGAACUGAAGAAGGCUAUUGAGAAUUACCGUAUCCCUUUAAAACAAGGUGAUAUUGAGGAUCUCAUGGUUAUGCUGGACCAGGACUUUGAUGAAUGUUUGGGUUAUGCAGAAGUGUCUCGUGGGCUGGCAGCAUUGCGGAUGGAACGACGAGCAUUAAAGCGCCGUGGCCAAGUUGUUUCAGCAACAACUCUUAGUAGAUCUUCUCCAUCAAGCAUUUUACCAAAAAUAUCUCCUCUAAGCUAUGCAAGGGAUUCAACUCCUAGCAGUUACUCAGACAGAGUGAUGAAAGAUUCAGAAAGCCCAAAACCAGCCUGUCCAGAAACAAGAGGAAGUGUCAUUGUAGCAGAGUACACAACAGAGGUACACACCCAGAAACCAGAAAACCAAGUCAGAACUGCCAGUGAAAAAGAGGCUGCAGGCAAUGCAGAGUCACGCCCUCAAACACGCAGUAGAACUUCCACUUUAAACUCGCUUGAACUUCCACCCAGAGACUUGCGUGAGGAGUGCUGGGUGGCAGCAUCUGAAGAGGAAAUGAUGUACUUGAGGAAGAGAGACAGGGUUGUGCUGGAGAAAGCCAACACAAGAAAAUGGCCCUGUCCAGAUAAGAAGGGAAAGCAUGACGAAGCACCGGGCAUCAUCCGUAUUGGGCAAAAGGCAGUUGAUGAACACUGCAUGGAGUCAACACUGGAUGGUGAAACUGGAGCUUUAUUGAAUGCUUUCCGGCAGAAUUCACUUAAAGAGUACUUCCAGGCUGUUGAGCUAUGCAGCAAAAAUGGGCUUGUUCUCACUCCAGGUCUUCUUGACAGAGUACUGCUGUAUCCACCAGAGCUACCACAUACAGAGCUUAAAAAGCAUCUCAGGGUUCCUAGAGGAUGCUUAGCUGAUCUGAGUACUGAUGUCACCAAAUCUCCACAACUGCUGAAGAUACUACAAGAGGGCCAAGCAAAAGAUGAGUUGGUGCAUUCUAGGAGUGAGACUCUGUUGAAAGACAGCAGUCAGGGUCAUUCCUGGGGAGUUAAGGCUGUACAAUCUGCUUCAGCAGAGAACUUGACCACAGGACGUGCAGUGUCCAAUUCCUGCAUGACCUUUGAAGAAUAUGAAACAUACAACAAGCAUCUUCCAGCUCGAUAUAAAGAAUUGACAGGAGGGAAACAUGAGAACAAAGGGGAUGAUACAAAAAGAACAAAAGCUGGUUCUGAAGGAGGAAAAAAGGGGAAAAAGAGCAGUGAUGAUGGAGAGUUCAAGGCCAUGACUAAAGGUCACCGUCGUAAGAAACGCUCAAAGUCUUCACAAAACCUGUCUGCUUUCUGGCCUGGAUACAUGUUGGAUAAGCUUGUUAUGUGUAUUCCUCUUUUAGAUAAUGGCCACUUCCCAUGGACUCAAGGGAGCUCAACUCAUUUCCACUAUACUGGCCAGCCAAGGCAUGCAUACUCCGCCAAGUACUAUGUGUAAUUAAUAGCAUAUGUUUUUACAUACCAACAUGCUUAUUUGGAAGACAUCAUCUAAACCAUUCCUGUUCCAUAAUUUUGGAUCAGUACAUAUUUUCAACUGUUUUUAUAGCUAUAAUUAUUUAUCCGUACUGUUAAAAAUUUCCACAGCCCAGUUUGUGUAAGUGGCUCAUCAUUACAAGUGCAUAGAAUGUGGAACGGGUGAGAGCCCAUUUCUUUUCUUCUGCUGUCUAAAAGAUUGUACAAUAUUAGACAAAGAUUUAGAAAAAUACUAAAAGCUGACAGACUUUUUCUGUCUAUGUCUUACGUUUGAUUAUUGUAACAUUUAAACCAGUCUAUCAGCCUUAUACAAUGAUCAAUACCAGAGGGAUGUAGGUCCUGUACUUAAGUAUGAUAUAGUUUUUGCACUGUCUCAGUAACUCUCUGAGUAAGAAAUGUCUACCUUUUAUAUCUACCUUAUAUACUGAUAUCUACCUUUUAUCAAAUUUAAGAGAAGAAACUUGUUGCUUUUUUUAAAUCUGCAGUAUGACUUGCUUUGUACAGCUAUUUCAUGCAGUUGUUUUUUUUUUAGUAAAAGCAAAUUUAAAUAUAUGUUAACAUCAUUGAUGGAAAUGUACUUUUACCCUAUGUAAUUUCAAAAUUAAUUUACUAAGUUACGUGUUUGGAAAUGAUAAUUAAAAAAGCGUUAUUUUCUUGUUUGCAAGCUGCUUUGAACCCUUUUAUAAAAGAAAAUGCUAACCCAUCAUUAGGUCUGAGAUCUGAGACCUUGCCUACACAAAUAGAAAUGAGAGAGUUCUUGGCCUACUGAAGUGUCUUUCCAGCAUGCAUUGUCCUUAAUUACUCUCUUUUUGAAGUUAUAAUGAAUAACUGAAGUAGAAUUAAAAAAAACAUUUCUGUAAAGUGCAAUAGCUGUUUAGGUGUAAAUAUUAGAACAAGUAAUGUUCACUUGGCUUGUCUGGAGCCUUGUCCUGUAAUCAAAAUAAACAGGUAAUGUAAUGGCAUAAAAUCAAGGUUUAUGUGAUGAAAUAUUAAUGUAUGCCUUUUGCAUAAUAACUUUGAUUUUGUUUUAUUUGAAGCAUAGGAUUUGAAACUGAAUAUAUAAAUCCACAAUAAGUGAUUGAUUAAUUACAAUGUAUUAAGCAAUGUAAAUAUUGUACCUAUAUAUAUCCUCUAAAGGUGAGAAAACAAUUUUGUCAAA